AUGGCGAACGUAGCCAAGGGAUUUCACAAGCUCUUCAACAAUUUCCGCACUCCUGACGGUACUGACAUUGAAGAACUUUUCCUGGAUCAUGCCGACCGCGUCAGUAGCCCCUUGGCCCUGGCCAUGCUGGCGCAGAUGGGCUUGACGGAAAACACGAACACACCGUUCACCCUAUUCGAGAAUGCGGCCGGUGUGGGUGUCGUGGCGCACAUCCUGCAACGUACCGUCAAGGCCGAGGUGCUAGGCAAGAGCAAGAUUAUUUGUGGCGAUUCGUCAGAGCAAGUCCUCGGGUUCGCAACGAACAGGUCGGAGAAGGAGAAGUGGGUGAAUACGGAGGUGAAGAAGAUUGAUGCUGAGAAAACUGGGUUUGAUAACGGCACCUUUACUCACGUUGCUACCAACCUUGGUUUCCACGUCAUACCUGACUCCGAAAGUGCCCUAAAUGAUGCAAUUCGCAUUCUCAAACCCGGUGGCGUCCUCGGUUUGACGACCGUGCACCGGGACGUCGCCUGGUUGCCUGAGUUCCGCGAAGCCUUCAAGUCCUUUCCCUUUGAAGCUCCACUGGAAAUGGGGUUGCAAACCACCACGUGGGGCAACUGGAGCGACGUGAACUGGAUCCAGAAAACGCUGGAAGAGAAAGGUCUGGAAGAAGUGAACGUGGAGGUGUUUGCCUGGCUGAAUCGCAUGGACAGCGUCGACUAUUUCUUAACCAGCUACGGCAUGAUCUUGGAUAUUGUGAUGGACAGCUGCUGGUCGAAAGAGCUGAGGAAGCAACACCCCAGGGAGGAGGUCCAUGGGCUGGUCAAAGCGUUCCUGGAAAAGAAGUACGGGGACAAGGGGUGGAAUGCCAGCUGGAUUGGUGUCGUCGCGACUGGUCGGGUGCCAAUUUGA